AUGGAGGUUGUUAUUUAGCAAAAUGAAAUAAAGAGUCAAAUUCUUCACAAUUACUUGAAGCAAACAUAUUCACCAGCACUAGUAAAUCAUCUCUUUUAGACUGAGAAUUAUUUGCAAUAGGAAUUAAAUGAUUUUCAAAAGUAUACAAUUUAUAUAGAAAUAGAGUAAAUGAAGAUAGCGAUUAGUUAGAGGAAUUAAUCUUGGAGCAUAAGACAGCUAUUUCAAAGACUGUUAAAUAAUUAAUUGAUAAGAUAUAAUCAGAAUAAGUUUUAGAUAGUUCUAUAAAUAGGAUAAAAUGAAAAAAGCAGAGACUUAUAAAAAAGGAAAGAAAGAUGAAUUAUCCGCUAUCUAAAAAGCAAUUGACUCAAUUUCUACUGCAAUGAAAGAAACUUGUUCAAAGGUAUUGAAUAUUUAUAACGGUAGAUUGACAUUAAAGAGUUAAAUAAGAUUGGUCAGUUACCUUAAGGAAUGGAUCAAUUUAUGGGGAAAUUAUUUUCAAUAGUUUACAAUGAAGAUCAAAGUAAAUUUAAUUGGAUUGAAUUUAAGAAAAAAGUGUAAGAAUUAAUUAUUAAAUUAAUAGUUUUGAUUAGGAUAAAGGAAGUGAUAUGUAGAGUAGAUUAGCUAAUUUUUAAUUUAAAGGAGUCAAUUAAGAAAAAGAAAACCUAUUACUAUAAAUGAAAGCUGAUCCUUAAUUCUAGAAAGUAUUUUAAGAUCCAAAAUAUACAAGAGCAUUCUUAGAUAUUGCUGAUUGGGUUUUAAAGUAUUUAUCAUAUAUAGAUUUCUUUUGUUGUUUCUGGUAUUGAGACUUAAAGAAAGAAGGAUCUUGUGCAUUAAGAAUUUGAUAGAAUUGAUAAAGAAUUUAGUGCAAGAAAAGUAGAACUUGAAAGUUAUUAAAAAACAUUUGUAAUUUUUAUUAAUAGUUUUAGGAAUUUUGGAAUUCAUAAUUAAUUUAUUCAGAAAAUUAAUUAAUAUUUCUUAAUAAAUUAAAACCAAAUAUUAAAUAAAUAGAAUCAGAUAUUUAUAAAAGUAAAUAGAAAUUAGAUAUACAUGUUGAUAAAUAUUUAACAGAAAUUAAAAAAAUGAAUGAUUUAUUUUAAAAAAACAUUUGA